CCCCCGUGGCCGUGACGACCACACACCGCAGACACCCCGCCUCAGCACCACACGGAGGAGAUCGAGUGAGUACGUAUAGCAGCCAUGGCUUCGUCGGUGGCGGCGGCGGCGAGCACGUUCCUGGGGACGCGUCUGGCGGACCCGGCGCCGCAGAACGGGCGCAUCGUGGCGCGGUUCGGGUUCGGGCUCGGGCGGAAGAAGGCGCCGGCGAAGAAGGCGUCCCGGGCGCCGCCGACGACGGAUCGGCCGCUGUGGUUCCCGGGGGCGCAGGCGCCCGAGUACCUGGACGGGACGCUGGUGGGCGACUACGGGUUCGACCCGUUCGGGCUCGGGAAGCCCGCGGAGUACCUACAGUACGACCCGGACUCGCUGGACCAGAACCUGGCCCAGAACCUUGCGGGCGAGGUCAUCGGCACCCGGUUCGAGGACGCCGACAUCAAGUCCACCCCUCUCCAGCCCUACGCCGAGGUCUUCGGCCUCCAGCGCUUCCGCGAGUGCGAGCUCAUCCACGGCCGCUGGGCCAUGCUCGCCACCCUCGGCGCCCUCACCGUCGAGUGGCUCACCGGCGUCACCUGGCAGGACGCCGGCAAGGUGGAGCUGGUGGACGGGUCGUCGUACCUGGGGCAGCCGCUGCCGUUCACGAUCACGACGCUGAUCUGGAUCGAGGUGCUGGUGAUCGGCUACAUCGAGUUCCAGAGGAACGCGGAGCUGGACCCGGAGAAGAGGCUGUACCCGGGCGGGUCCUACUUCGACCCGCUGGGGCUGGCGGCGGACCCGGAGAAGAAGGAGCGGCUGCAGCUGGCGGAGAUCAAGCACGCGCGCCUCGCCAUGGUCGGCUUCCUCGGCUUCGCCGUGCAGGCGGCCGCCACGGGCAAAGGGCCGCUCAACAACUGGGCCACCCACCUCAGCGACCCGCUGCACACCACCAUCUUCGACACCUUGGGCUCCUAGACCUAGUCCUAUGGGUCGUUUCAACAGUGUACACGUUUUUUCUGUCAGCUCAGCUGCGAAAUGGACCGACGAGUUCGUGUACUACGAACGAACGUGUGGCUGGUUUAGUUUUGUGAUGAGCGGUGAGAGGGCACGAAGAUGGACGAUACUUUGUUGGUUAAACGCAGGUCUGGUUACUUAGGAGAGCUGCUGGGAUGACUUUGGUGAUUUGUGUAAUAUAUGAAACCAACGGUGAAUUAAUGCAUCCACUUGUACAUUUCUCUUGA